AUGGAUCUCACAGUCUUACAGGUUUUCGCUGGUGGGCUGUUGGUGUCUUUAGCGAGCGCACAGUUUGUGCCCUCAUACGACAAAAACCUCGCUCAAGCUGAAUACGUUCCUUUCAGCAACCCCCAGCCGUUGGAUACGCCUAUCCUUGGCCAAUACGGCCAUUCGCCGGCUGUUCUCCCAUCUCCCAAUAUCACUGGGACUGGUGGAUGGAAGGAUGGCCUGGAAAAGGCUAAGGCUUUCCUGGAGCAGUUGACCCUUGAGGAGAAGGCAGACAUCGUCACUGGCACGCAGGGCCCAUGUGUGGGCAAUAUUGCUCCAAUUCCCCGGAUCGGGUGGAAGGGCCUUUGUCUCCAGGAUGGCCCUAUGGGCAUCCGCAACGCUGACUAUGCCAGCGUGUUUGUCUCAGGCGUCUCUGCUGCCUCUACAUGGGAUCGGAAAGUUCUCUAUGACAGAGGAAAGGCCAUGGCCCAGGAAUUCAAGGACAAGGGUGCUCAUGUUCAUCUCGGCCCUGUUGCCGGCCCCCUCGGUCGCAACCCUUAUGCUGGCCGAAACUGGGAAGGCUUUGCUGCCGAUCCUUAUCUCACAGGUGUCGCUAUGGAAGAGUCUAUUAAGGGUAUUCAAAGUGUCGGCAUUCAGGCCUGUCCUAAGCACUUCAUUGGCAAUGAACAGGAGAAACAGCGUCAGCCUAGCAUCCCUCAAAACUUAACAUACGACACCCAGGUUGAUCAGGAAUCUGUCUCAUCAAACAUUGAAGACAGAACGAUUCACGAGCUUUACCUGUGGCCCUUCGUGAAUGCUAUCCGUGCAGGAGCCACUACUGUCAUGUGCUCGUACAACCGACUCAAUGGAUCUUAUGCGUGCCAGAACUCUAAAGCUCUGAUUGGCCUUCUCAAGGGCGAGCUUGGCUUCCAGGGUUAUGUUCAAUCCGAUUGGGGUGCCACUCACUCGGGAUUAGCCUCUAUUGAAAGCGGCUUGGAUAUGAACCUACCUGGAGGGUUCAGCAUGUUCGGAGACCGAUGGUCUGGCACCUUCUUUGGUGGUAAUAUUACGGUUGCUGUCCGAAACGGCACUCUGCCUGUCGAACGUUUGAACGACAUGGUGCUUCGAGUUAUGACGCCAUACUUUGCUCUCGGUCAAGAUAAGAACUAUCCAACCGUGGAUAGAUCCAGUGUUGAUCUGAAUAAUUUCACCCCUCCAGACACUUGGGUUCGAAACUUCACCAUCUCGGGGGCCUCACACCGGGAUGUCCGCAGGGACCAUGCUAAACUCAUCCGUCAGCACGGUGCCGACUCUACCAUCCUGCUAAAGAAUGAGCGAAAUGCUCUCCCAUUGGAAGCUCCCAAGCGGAUUUUUGUAUUUGGUAACGACGCCGGGGAAGUAACCCAUGGUCCCUACAACUCAGCAAACUUUGAGUUUGGCACUCUUGCUGCUGCUGGUGGUUCAGGAACCGGCCGUUUUACUACCCUGUCCACUCCACUCCAGGCUAUUCAGUCUCGUGUGGCCAAGGAUGAUGGUAUCGUCCGAUUCUGGCUGAACAACACCCUGAUCAUCGGAGAUAGCGCUGGUUCUGACUCGCAAAUUUGGGUCUAUGAGCAUCCUGACGUCUGCUUGGUCUUCCUCAAGAACUGGCAUGAGGAGCUGGUUGAGCGGCCCUCUCUCAAUCUAGACUGGAGAGCAAAUGAACUCGUUGAGAAGGUUGCUUCAAAUUGCAACAACACAGUUGUUGUGACACAUAGCGGCGGCGUCAAUGUUCUGCCUUGGGCCGACCACCCCAAUGUGACCGCUAUCCUGGCCGCCCACUAUCCUGGCCAGGAAACAGGGAAUGCUAUCGCCGAUGUCCUGUAUGGAACGGUUAACCCCUCAGCCAAGCUUCCCUAUACUAUAGCUUAUAGGCAGAGCGACUAUACUGCUCUGCCAACAACCUCAGUCAAUACCACUGGUCCUGACGACUGGCAGUCUUACUUCGAUGAAAAGCUUGAGAUCGAUUAUCGCUACUUCGAUGCGCACAACAUCUCCGUACGAUAUGAAUUUGGCUUCGGUCUCUCUUAUAGCACGUUCCAUCUCUCCGGCACCAAGAGCGUGCGUCUUGCUGCGGAAGGUAUCACUGCGCGGCCGAAAAAGCAGAAGAUAGCACCCGGUGGUAAUCCGGCGCUUUUUGAGCCACUCUACGAGGUCUCCUCCACCGUCACAAACUCAGGAGAGAGAUACGGCGGGACAGUGGCCCAGCUAUAUGUCACUUUCCCUAAUAACACUCCCAAGGGUACCCCGCCCAAGCAACUUCGAGGGUUUCAAAAAGUCUUCCUAGAGAAGGGUGAAUUCAAAACUGCGACCUUCGAGCUGAUGAGACGUGACCUUAGCUACUGGGAUGUGGGGGCUCAAGAAUGGGUUAUACCACAGGGUGAAUUCACUCUGAGCGUCGGCUUCAGCAGCCGAGAUCUCAGGGAACUGAUCAAGAUUACUCCUUUGUCAGCCUCAAAUUGA